AUGAAUAAAGGAAGACAUCGUUCAUAUGCUGCCACAAGUUCGUCUACUAGUUCUACUGCCACUAGAACUAAUAUUCAACUUGUCUGUUUGGUCCAUGGUGAACCACCAAGUUCUUGUUUCAAAGUUACAAUAGGAAAUCAUGAAGAUGGUGAUGAACUUAGAAAGUUAAUUAAGAAAAUAAACGAGCAUGAUUUCGCUAAGUUUGCCGCAAGGAAACUUAAAUUGUGGGUCGUUGAUAUUCCAUAUAACUCUCUAAACAUCAGUGACUAUAACGUGGACAUUGUGAAUGUCCUUCAUGGCCGAGAAUUUCCUAUCCUAUGCAAAGUUGGUGAUAUUUUUACUGAACAGCCUGUUAAAGACCAUAUUCACAUAAUUAUUGAGUUGCCUGCUCUCAAUGAAGCAGGUAUGGAAGGAGAACUAGAACUUAAAAAAACGAUUGUUAAAUUCACUGAAACGACGCAACAAUUCAUUGAUUAUAUUGAUAGGCAAGCGAAAAGGUCAAAAGUUUCUCUCUCAAGUAUUGACCAAACACAUUUGGAUGAAUUAUUAAACCACUUGCAAUUCCGUCGAGCUACGAGUAUUAUUACUGUGAGUUCAGCAGAUAAGGAUUUUGAUGAACGAUUCGUAUGGGAUGAACGAAAUGAAGACCAGCAUGCGAAAGAUGUGAAAGAUGAUCAUGAUCAAGUGUGUAGACGAGGAUAUAUGAGCUAUUUAAGUGACAAUAUCUCUAUUUCCUCUAAAUUUAUCUGGUAUGAUCCGAAACCUAAGAAAGAUCUUUUAAAUAUCAACGAUUCCUCGCUACCUUAUAGCAUAAGCGGGACGACUGAUGUGUUGGUCAUGGAUGAAAGUUUUUAUAGGGUUCUAGAUUAUCGUUCUGGAAUUCAAGCCGGGUUUGAACUUAAAAAAGAAGUCCAAGAUUCUGAUACUAAUCAAGCUAUUGCGGAACUUAUUGUAACAAAUCUUGUUUCAAAUCACGCCGUUUUUAUAGUCCUCACCGAUUUAAAUAAUACAUGGAUAUUCUAUUGGCUUACAAAUGAUAACUUAAUAAUGAUGUCUCGAACUAAUUCACGUGAUGCACUUGCAAUUAUCGAAAUGGCACUUGCUGAAGAUCCCAAAGUCAAAGCCGCCACCACAACUAUAGACAUUAAUUUUCCUAUUGGAAUGAGGUGCAACUACUUUCGUCGUUUGAGCAAUUUGCAAUAUGGAGAAGCAUUCGAGAACGAGGUGGAGGGGCUGGAUCUAUUUCUGAACAGGCCUAAGGUCAAUUUUGAAUUUGAGGAUGAUAUUGCAAACAUGAAAGAUAUGUUUGAUGAGAUGACUGAAAAGGAGAUAACUGAUUGGAAAAUAAAACGAGCUCUAAGGCUUUUGGAAGAUACGCCCGGUUUUCAAUUAGAUAAAAAUUACAUGGAUAUGUAUUCAUGA